AUGCGCGGAAUUCUCGAGGCGGUGUUCGCCCUGCAGAGAGGGAAGCUUAAGGGGAUCAAGAAGGAAUUUCGUUUCUUCCCCGAGCUAUCGACUGUCGAUCCCCGAGCUUCUGUCCGCCAAAUGUGGGCCUCUGGGGCGGCUGUCAAGUACAAGCACUCGAUACUUGCAAAGAUAAGCUUACAAGUUUACAUGGGAGCUCUUGACCAACUAUCUUCCACUAUACUGGUGAAAAUGGUUGUAGAACUUUCUAAUCAAUUCGAUGAAUGUCUGUCCAGGUGUGGAAUGUACUAG